AUGUUCACCACCAUGGGAUGUGGUGUUCUCACAACGUAUACCUCUAUUGGAAACUUGGGUCUUCAUCCUUUGUUAGUGUACACACUUGCUGGGGCUAUUCCCAUCUUGUUGUUCGCUUACUUUGGUCCCAUCAUAAGAAAGAAGUGUCCUGAAGGUUUUAUCUUAACAGAAUGGGUCAGACAAAGAUUUGGUCCUGUCACUUGUUUAUACCUUUCAUUCUUCACUUGUUUCACCAUGUUCUUGUUCAUGUUAGGUGAAUUGACAGCCAUUUCUGGUAUCAUUGCAACCAUGACAGGCUUGAACACUACUGCAGCUGUUAUUGUUGAGUGUGUAGUCACUACCAUUUACACAGCAAUGGGUGGGUUCCAAGUUUCUUUCAUCACUGACAAUUUUCAAGCUAUGUUUGUCUUAAUCAUGGUGAUUAUCUGUUUCCUGGGUAUGGGUUCAUACAUCCACAUUGAUAAAUCUAUGAUCGGACCAAGUGGUCUUUUGAAAGCUAACAAGUUAGGUUGGCAAUUGCUUUAUAUUUUAAAUGUGGCCAUCUGGACUAAUGAUGCGUUCCUUUCAGGUUUCUGGUUGAGAGCUUUCGCAGCUAAAACCGAUAAGGAUUUAGUCAUUGGUACCUCUAUCGCUGCAUUCGUCACUUUUGCUAUCUGUACUUUAGUAGGUUCUGCUGGGUUUAUUGCAGUGUGGACUGGAGAUUUGACUGUUGGUGAUGCAGACUCUUAUAAUGCCUUUUUCAUUUUAUUGGCCAAGAUGCCCAAAUGGAUCAAUGUUAUUGUUCUUAUAAUGGCCAUUGCUUGGUCUGUGUGUACCUUUGACUCAUUGCAAUCCGGUAUGAUUUCCACAAUUUCAAAUGAUGUUUUCCGUAAUAAAUUGCACAUCAAUUGGAUUAGAAUUGGGGUUAUCAUUUUGAUGGUACCAAUUGUUGUUCUUGCAUUGAAGGUUGCAAACUCCAUUUUGCAAAUUUAUUUGAUUGCUGACUUGGUUUCUGCAGCACUCAUUCCAGCUAUUUUCCUUGGAUUGAGUGAUACUUAUUUCUGGUACUUGAUUGGAUUCGAUGUCAUGUUUGGAGGUUUAGGAGCAUUGUUCGCCGUUUUCAUCUUUGGAUGUAUCUAUUAUGGCAAUGCUCGUGAUGGUGGUCGUUUAUUGUUGAUUUGGAACGGUAUCUAUAAUCCAAAAGAUUGGGGUGCCUUUGGUGCCUUUGUCAUUGCACCAUUUGGAGGUAUACUCUUAACUAUGGCCAGUGCAGGAACCAGAAUACUUUAUCACUAUAUUGUGUCUCGCGUAACUGGUAAGCCAUUCACUGCUUUAGAUAAGCCAGAACGCGAAGAACAAGUCCAUGAAGUUGUGGAACAAACUGAUGAUUAUGGCAGCAUUGACAAGAAAGCUCACUACGAAAUAUGA